UUGCACAGUCUCAGUCUCUUAGUCCCUCUCUGGCAGUCGGAAGAGUGUGGUGUUUGGUCGAUAAGUGUAACGGGCGUUGUUGCUAAAUAACAAAGAAUGGCUGCGAAAAUUGUGCAAGUGCUUGCUUUCAUGCUGGCCAUCAGUACAGCACUGGCCCUGACUUGCUACAAAUGCGAUUCCAGCGAAAACAAACUUUGCAGUUACGGCAUCAGCAGCUUCACGUAUAACACUGUUGAUUGUAAUGAAGAAUUCGGUGGUGGUGCUCUCACCAGUUGGAUUCCUAAGCAGUGUGUCAAGUUGGUUGCUCAAGACAAAGAUGGUAACGAGCAUAUAGCUAGAGGCUGCAUGCCCCAUACAGGCGGAGCUUGUAGCAGCAUUGCUAAGGCUCUGAGCUUCUUCAGCAGUGUGGAGGGUGACAUCAAGGAUAUGAACUGUUACCCUUGCGACAGCGACAAGUGUAACUCGGCGCCCAAACUUACUUACACAUUCCUUGGCGUGAUUAUGGCAGCUGUUGUAUUCAUGUUGAUGUAAAAUGUGCACAUUAAGUUUUUGUGUGAUAUAGAAUUUGAUAUUUAGUUACCAAAUUUGAUAAUUUAAAACUUUGUUGCUGUGUACUCAUGCCUUUGAAAUGUCGCAUCUCAAUUUUUAUGGUUUUUCUGAUAAUAACUAUAUUUUUCUAUGGCAACCGAAGAUGAUAGCCAGAUUCUAUUUUCCUGUUGUACUUUACAAAUUUACAUAUUUGUAGAAAUGAUAACUGCUUGUUAUUGAUAUUACUCAGUGCUACUUGAGGUUUCUAUAAUAAUAAUCAAAAUAAAAAGUAGUGAGUAUAGAAUAAAUGUACCAAUUAGAAGUAGAAAAAGUUUGUACUUUUUUUUCAUGUUUUCGAAAUAAAUUUUGAUUUUAUA